AUGGAGCUCAUUAUUUUCCUUGUUUUUUCAUUUGUCAUUCAUGGAGCUCUUGCCAGUAAUGGUGAAAUUGUGUGUGAAGAUUUGUCAGUAGGAUUGUGUGCCUACUCAGUUGCUUCGUCAGGGAAGCGUUGCUCUUUGGAGAGUUAUGAAUCAAUCAAGGGAACAAGAGGGUACCAAUGCAAGACCUCGGAUGUGUUAGUGUCCAAUAUUGACAUAACAAAUUCGAUUGAAAGUGACGAGUGCAUUAGUGCUUGUGGAGCUGAUAGAAACUCUCUUGGCAUUUCUUCUGAUUCACUUCUUGAAUCAACAUUCACUUCUAAGCUGUGUUCUCAAGAAUGCAACCAAAAGUGCCCUAACAUUGUUGAUCUUUACUACAAUCUGGCUUUGGGAGAAGGGGUGUAUUUGCCAGCAUUUUGCAAGGGAAGAAAUUUGAACGGACGCCGUGAAAUGAGCCAAAUCCAAAGCUCAGGUGUGGCGUGGGGACCGUCAGCUCCCUCGAGUGGAUAUGGUCGACAGUUGAGUGAAGGGCCUGCAGCGAGCGUUGCACUCACAUUCGAGGCUGAUGCACCGUGGUGA